AUGGCGGCUGUCGCAGCUGCAGAUGUCACCUUUGAGGUGUCUCUCCUGAGCGGUGCUGCUGCCUCGAUUGCUUGUCCUCCAGAUGCGAGUCUGGGUUCCCUGCAGCGGGAGAUCGCUGAGAAGCUGGGCCUCCUCAGAGGUGAUGAGUGGCCGUCCAUGUUCUUCCUGGCAGCAUCUGGCGAGACUGAGCCGCUGCAGGAGUCAGUAGUUGCCAGCGAGCUUGCAGACCGUACCAUUAUAGCAGGAGUGAAUGGUGAGCCCGACUGGUGCUCUGACAAGCAAUUCAAGAAGAGCUGGAUUCAUGGUCGACAUUGUGGUAUGGAGGAAGACUCGGAAGACAUAUUCUUGAAGAUCCACGGAGGUGGCACGUUCAGCUACGAGGCGAAAUAUCACAGCCAUGAUGCUGAGUGCGGCUAUCAGCAUGACAUGACUGUCAAAGCCACCGGCACCUGGCGACUGGCCCUACGAAAGGUGAAAGAUCAGGAGCCUGAAGAGGUUAUUGCUGUCAAUGGGACAGCCACUCGUCGCACCGUGGAUAUCCGCAGCACCACGAGGUAUUAUGAUGACUACACCCCCAGCGAGUCCGCGUCAGAGAGAGACACGGAUGAGGAGAGCAAUGACGAAGAUGAAAAACCACCGAAGGAUCCAUCGCCUCCUCCAAAAAAGGAUCCAUCACCUCCUCCAAAACCUCCACAAAACCGGCACAGUGACAAGACCGUCACAGAGGAGUUCAAACAAUCAUUCUCAAAGGCAGACUUGCUGACACCUGACAAAGGACGCGGAAUCCUGCCCAGUCAUUAA